AAUAAACCGACCGUAGAAACUGGUUUCGCUGUAACCAUAACCUUUCUUAAUAAGACAACCGCGUUUUACCAGUAAACGACUUUUCCUCGCAAUUUAAUCCCACUUUUGUUAUUUUUUCAAAUUCGUUUUUCCUCGAAGGAGCAUCGAGUAAAUAUAUCAUUAAAGAGCCUUUAAUAACUUAGACAUAAUAAUUAUAUCUUUAAAAAAAAAACAGAAAAAUUCUUUGCUUUGCAACAAAGGCAGACAGACAAAAGGCUAAUUCGGAGCUCUCCUCCACAUCUUCUUCCAAAACACAAACAAACCCCCAAAUUUCCAGAAAAAUCAGAUCAUUCUUUCAUCAAUCUCGUCUUCUUUAAUCUUAGGUGAGAAUUCAUCAGCUCAAAAACGCAGCACCCGAUCGUUUUACGACUCAAAUCAGAGAAGCUGAUUCUUUUCCAAUCAUUCCAAUUUCCAUUUCUUCCUUGGGAGGUUUUACACCAAAUUAGCCGUCGAAAGGGGUGCUUCUUUGAUCUAAUUUCGAUGGCGGGAUUAGAGAAAAACGCUGAUUUCUCAGGGAAGACGACGAAAUCGGCUACAACGACGUCGUUCUUCAACAGGUCGCUUACAAUUCACGGAAGAACAGUGGUGGAUUCGGGCCCCAAAUCCCACAAUCUCAAUCCUUCUCUCAAUCGUACCACCUCCAUUACCAAAUUCUACACCCCCGUAGAAUCGAUGGGAACUUCUCUUAAAGGCAAAGUCAAAAACCUUUGUAGAUUAUUCGAGACUUCCAAACCCGUUAAACCUGCCUUAGCUGAGAUUCCUCAGAAGCAGAAAUCCGGUAAAUCCCUUUUACCCGAAUCGCGGAUAUCGCCUUUUUCGAGCUUAAACAACUCGGUCAUCCGUCUUCCCGGGACAGAGGACAGGAUUGUGGUGUAUUUUACUAGCUUGAGAGGGAUUAGACGGACGUAUGAGGAUUGCUAUGCUGUCAGAAUGAUAUUUAGAGGGUUUCGGGUUUGGAUCGAUGAGCGCGACGUCUCCAUGGAUAUCGCUUAUAGGAAAGAGUUGCAGAUUGCAAUGGGAGAGAAGUCUGUGUCUUUGCCUCAAGUUUUCAUUAUGGGCAAGUAUGUUGGUGGUGCUGAUGUGAUCAAGAGUUUGUUUGAGAUUGGUGAGCUUGCUAAGAUUCUUAAAGAGUUUCCAAUGAGACAACCAGGGUUUGUUUGCCAUUGCUGUGGGGACAUUCGAUUUGUUCCGUGUUCCAAUUGUAGUGGCAGCAAGAAACUGUUUGAUGAGGAUGAAGAUAGGGUCAAGAGAUGUCCUGAAUGCAAUGAGAAUGGAUUGAUACGUUGUCCUGAUUGCUCUUCUUGAGAUAUAUCAUCAAUGAACCUGAAAAAACCAUUAAAAAAAAGAAGAAAAAAGAGGUAUUUAUUUCUCUUUUGAUGUUUCCAUUGUUGUGUAGAACAGUGAAUGAUGCUGCCACAAGUAUCCGAAAAUCUCUUUUGGAUCAGCAGCAUUUCACUUUGGGUUUUUUAAGGUUUGCGAUCAACGGUAAUGGGAAUGCCGGUGAUCGUGGAUUUAGUUUAUGUAUGUGUUUGCUACUAAGGGCUAAAUGUAAUUGUGUAAUCAAAAUGUCUGAAACGGGUAGUAAGCAUUUUGACUCUUGUGUGUCAAUGUUGUGAAAGACAACUGUGUUCUUAUGCUAUAUAUUUGAUUGUAAAUAUUUCGUGUGUUUAUGGGCAUCUUGUUGAUUACGACAGUAAUUGGGUGGUUCUACUCGCUUGAUCGUCUUUUUAU